UGAUACAGAAUUGGAUGAUUCCAGCACCUUUGAUGAAUUGUAAUCUAAAUAUAAACAUAUAGAAGAUUUUUUUAAUAGGUUAAGUUGAGCAGCUGAUAUUUAGACAAACGUGACACAUCUCUGCACCUCACCAAAGACGAACGCGUGGACCAUGUGAUUGUACCGCAUCGCUGAAGCAAGUCUCUGGUUCUUCUCGGUGGGUUACAGAGAGAGGGAGAGAGAGCGAUGGAGGGGGGCGGGGUGGAGAGACGGAUGUGAGCGCGCGUGGACCCCACCGUCGCAGUCCUUCCCGAGGAUGUAUCCAGCAGCCAUGGUCCUGCCGCGCGCCCUGCGUCUGUGUGUGAGUGACAGGAUCCCAUGGUCAUUCAUGUAAUAUUUUUGAUAUCCAAGAUCGGAUGGUUCAUCUCCUCAGUGCGGAUCUUAUCCGGAGGACAUACGGAUAUCAACAAUGGCUUUGGUAAUGGAACCCAUCAGUAAAUGGACUCCCAAACAAGUGCUGGAUUGGAUGAAAGGGUUGGACGACUGUCUGCUCCAGUACAUAAAGACGUUUGAGCGUGAGCGCAUCAACGGAGAGCAGCUCCUGCACAUCACCCACCAGGAGCUGGAGGAGCUGGGGGUGACACGCAUCGGACACCAGGAGCUCAUCCUGGAGGCUGUGGACCUGCUCUGUGCUCUGAACUAUGGGUUAGAGACUGAGAACCUGAGAACACUGUCACACAAGCUGAACGCUUCAGCCAAGAACCUCCAGAACUUUAUCACCGGCCGUCGCCGCGGCGGCCACUAUGAUGGGCGGGCAUCGCGUCGCCUGCCUAACGACUUCCUGACCUCGGUGGUUGACCUCAUCGGGGCAGCCAAGAACCUCCUGGCCUGGCUGGACAGAUCACCCUUUGUGAGUGUGACUGAGUACUCCGUGUUGAAGAAUAAUAUUGUUCAGCUCUGCCUGGAGUUAACUACUAUUGUUCAACAGGACUGCACUGUGUAUGAGACCGAGAACAAAAUCCUACAUGUGUGUAAGACGCUGUCGGGGAUCUGUGAGCACAUCAUCUCGCUGUCGUCUGACUCGCUGGUGUCCCAGUCGGCCCAUCUGGAGGUGGUCCACCUGACCAACGUCAUGCCCAGCGAAGGCCUGGGCAUGUACAUCAAGUCUACUUAUGACGGACUCCAUGUCAUCACUGGAACUACAGAAAAUUCUCCGGCUGAUCAGUGCAAAAAGAUCCAUGCGGGAGAUGAGGUGAUACAGGUCAAUCAUCAGACAGUGGUGGGGUGGCAGCUGAAGAAUCUGGUGAAUUCUCUACGGGAGGACCCCAGUGGAGUCAUCCUGACCCUGAAGAAGAGGCCGCAGAACACGCUGACCUCAGCCCCGGCCCUGCUCAAGAACGCCCGCUGGAAACCCCUGGCCCUUCAGCCCAUUCCCACGAGUCCCUGCAGUGAGUCGCCCACUCCGCCCAGCACCCUGGGCUCACUUGGCCUGUCCCCUGGGCUGGACACGCCAGGCAGCCAUGACGUCUUCAUACUGUCCCCUGUCUCUGGAGUCUAUGGACACAGGGAGGAGGAGAUGGAGAGGGGCGGAUUUGGUGUGUUCGGAAGCUCCGAGUCUCCAGGCUUCUUUGUGGACCAGGAGGGGGGUCCGUACUUCCCCUUACUGGAGGAGGAGGGGGGCAGAUCCACAGGGCUACGCCGCAGAGACAGGACCCCCACACAUGGUGACCACAGGCCUGUUUCUAUGGCAAACGAGUGGAUGUCCGAGCCUCAGGAGGCUGGAGUGUACAAGAGAGGAAGCCGAGACUCAGACUCCUCUCUCUUGCGCUUCAUGAGUGAUGACAGGAUCAUGGUGAUCCAGGAGGAGGGCGAGUUUGCUCGGGACUUCCAGCGUGACACAAGCCGGCGCUCCAGAAGGAAGAGCCGCAAUCCCAGCAGCCCCAGCUAUCCCAUCAGCCCCUCCAUGCUGGUUCCCCCAGUCAGGCUGGACGCAGGACCUCCUGAGGGGCUGCCCUUUCCAGUGCCCGACAACAACACUGUGCCACACUAUCAUCGUGCUGGCGACACACUCCGCGCCGAUACGGACAGGUAUGCAAGUUCUGCCAUUGACAGACAAGCAGGAACAUCAAUGAGGAAGUCAGUGCACUAUGCUUCUUUAAGGACUAAGACCAAAAAGAAGAGUAAAGGGUCACUGAGCAAUGCGAGCCGUAGGAGGAUCGCUUGUAAGGACCUGGGCCACGGUGACUGUGAGGGCUGGCUGUGGAAGAAGAAGGAUGACACGGGCUACUUCACCCAAAAAUGGAAGAAGUACUGGUUUGUCCUGAAGGACUCCGACCUCUACUGGUACACCAAUCAGAAUGAUGAGAAGGCAGAGGGUUUCAUCAGUUUGCCAGAGUUCAGGAUAGACAGAGCAAUCGAGUGCAGGAGGAAACAUGCUUUCAAGGCCUGCCAUCCAAAAAUCAAGAGUUUCUUCUUUGCCACGGACCAUUUAGAGGAAAUGAAUAGAUGGAUGAAUCGUUUGGGACUGGCUGCCAUUGGAUACACCCCAGAUGAUCCUGUGCCCCGCCCAGAUGAAGACUACUGGAGUGAAAGUGACCAGGAAGAGAUGGAGGGAUCCAUGACGCUCAAACACGAUAGCUACCACAGAGGACACAGUGCGAACCCCACCAGCCCGUUCCCUGAGCGCCACUUCUCCAGCGGCUCCACCUUCUCCCAUUCCUCGGCCGAGGAGUCGCUCUCCUCCGGCUGCCGCUCCACGCACCGCGAGCGCCGCUCCUGGCAGGACCUGAUCGAGACGCCGCUGACCAGCGCCGGCCUGCACUACCUGCAGACGGGUGAGGGCGAGGGCGACUGGGGCGGCCCGGCGGGACCCCACGGGCCUCUCUCGUCCCUCUCCCCCGAGCACCACCGCCACCAGGCCACGCUCCCUGCACAGCGCCGCCGCGGGCCCCUGGACCGAGACGGACCCUUCCCGCUGACGGACGGCGAGGAGCGGGGCUCACGCAGCAGUGGCGGCGGCGGCGGCGGUGGCGGGGGCAGCCGAGCGCACAACAACAGCCACAGGCAGCAGCGCAGCCACAGCCUGCCGCGCAACCGCGACGCGCAACAGGCCGCCCUGCAGGCGCGCCACACCCACGGCACGCUCCGGCCCCGGGCCCACACGCACCGCGAGGAAGAGGAGGACGAGAGCGGUCAGCGUGCGAGGCGGCAGAGCGGGAGGCCAGGCGCAGAGGGGAGACCGAGGCCGGCGGGACCCGAGACCGAGGGCGGCGGCUUCGGCCGGGUGGAGAGGUGCCGGUGGGCGGCCCAGGGAGCUCUACGACGCUGGGAGCAGGCCAGCCUGUCGGCCUUCGGCCAGCAGCGGCCCUCCACCAAGCAGGAGUUCCGCCGCUCCUUCGCCAAGCGCUGCAACGACCCGGCCACCAACGACCGGCUGCACCGCAUCCGGGCCCUGCGCAGCACGCUGAAGGCCAAAGAGGGCGAUCUGGCCGUCAUCGGUCUGAUUCUGGACGACCCCUGCCUGACUUCGCGGAAGUUCCGGGAGUGGAAGCAGCGCAACCACGAGCUCUUCGUGGACAUCUGCGAGUUCAGCGCGGGCCCACUGGAGCUCGCCUCAGACACCACGGCCGGCGACCUUUCACCUCUGUCACCCACCCUGAUGAUGCACACACACUCCUUCAUCGAGACGCACGUCUGAGGCGAUGAGAUGCACGUCUGAGUCUGUGACGAUGGCCAUCCAUCCACACACACACACACACACACACACACACACAGACACACACACACAUACACACACACACACUCCUUUAAGCCGCCAAAAAAUAGCGUUAUAUACACACGUCAUGUAUAUCAAGAACAAUAAACUUUUACAGACUCUCAUGUCCAUUCACUGUUAUUUACAAAGUCCUAUGCCCUACUACAGAACAGACAUGUAUGUAAACAUGAAAUUUAACACACCCAUAAACUGAUGAAGAAAAACUUGGAAGAAGCACUGUGGAGUCAAGAGACCACUCCUUUACCCCUCAACCCCGACGGACAGCUGACUGAGGAGCCGACACACUGUAACCAACACACACUCACUGUAACUAUGGGAACCAACCAACAACACACACACUGUAACCGUGGUAACGGAUGUGUACUGUGAGCGACUGCAAAAAGCUCACAGACACCACAGACAGUGAAGAGUAAAGGAUGUAAUGUGCUCCCCGAGCCCAUGUGAGCCACUAAUAACAGACUCACUCACCGGAGAUACUGAGGUGCCCCACUGCAUGCCUGAGGGAAAAAAAAGAGUCAUUCUUUCAUAUUUAGUGCUGAAGAGGAAUAUAUGAACAGCAACUACAAGGAACUGAAUAAAACACAGCGAUAAUUGUUCAGGGGCUGUAUCAUUAUCCUCUCUCUCUUUUUUUAAUCAGCUCUUUGGAUUUAUUUUUAUUUUAUUUCCUUUCUUCCCCUCGUAUGCUGCAGGAAGAGCGAUCGAUGUAGCUGUGGGUAAUGGGCUUCUUUCUGUUACCAAGCAACACACCCGCCCUACUGUGUAACUGUAUGCAGCUCUCAAAAUGUGUGAGUGUGUGUGUGUGUGUGUGUGUGUGUGUGUGUGUGUGUGUGUGUGUGUGUGUUUGUGUGUAAGACUGUUUUGAGCAUUUGUGAGUGUACAUAGAUAUCUGUGUGUUGUAGGGGAGAAGAUGGCAUCUGGUGUGUAUGUAUGUAUGUGUGUGUGUGUGUGUGUGUUGUGUGUGUGUGUGUGUGUGUGUGUGUGUGUGUGUGUGUGUGUGUGUGUGUGUGUUUGUGUGUGCCUGUGUUUGUGUGAGUCUUGAAUGAGACAUAUGAUGAGAGUCACACUCCUGACAGGAGUGUUAUUUUCCCUGUAUAUCAUUUAAAGGACUGGAACAUCCAGUGUUUGUAUGUAUUGUUCUAUAAGUUCAAUCGUAUUUAAAAUGCAACGUUUGCAUUGGCUGCUGAGUAACCAUAGGAAUGCAAAUGUAAUGAUUGUUAUUAUUGGUUAAUCUCUUUGCAGCCAUUACAGUGUUUCCAUACCAUAAAGUUUUUCCCUUUGGCAUAUUUAUAUUGUUGGUCAAACAUCUGCAUGGUUUUAAAGAUAUUUCUGCCAUUCUGGCUAAGAAAUGUAUAUAAGAUAAUAGUCUCUUGUUUGCAUAGCUGCAUCCUCUGUUCAAAACUGUGAACUCUUCUUGUGAAUGCAAUCUUCAGAUUCUGUAUCAGCAGAGUCUUUUUACUUCUCUAUUUUGGUUUUUAGAAAAAGAGUGUAAAACAGAAAAAUGCUUUGCGUCUCUGAAAUGACUGUUUCUGCUUCUUCCCGGCAAUAGCUGGGGUUACCUCUUAAACUUUGGGUUGAAUUCAGGUCCUGAGUUUCUCUAAGAAUUUCUGUCUUAUAUGUAUGUAUACUCUUGGUUUCCCUGUGAACUUAUUCAUGGUCCCCUGAAGUCAAAUAUAUCUGAUAUAUGGCAUCGUCCUCAUCUUAGUAUGGCAUCGAGCUAAAAGUCCAUAAUGUCUGAAUCGGGUCACGUUUUUCAACACAUGCAGUACAGUAUAUAAUGAAGAUGUAAUUUUCUUUGUUUUGACUGUGAAUAGAAUCAUUGUGGAAUGUACUUUAAUUGGACUGAAUGUAACCUUUUUGAUGUGGUUAAACAUGUACUUUUUCAGAACAUAGACACCUUAGAGUACAGAGGGGAAGGUGAGGCAUGGAGCGAUGGUGUCACUCCAUACUGUAGGGGAAACAGAGAGAGAGAGGAAGAAAGAGAGAGAGAUAAUUGGAGGAAAGAUGGGAAUUGGAGGAAAGAUGGGAAUUGGAGGAAAGAUGGCAAAAAUCCUAGCACCCCCAUCUCUUAACAGUGAUGAGGUACAUAGUAGAAGCCAGCCAUGUGUCUGAGAUGUGUGUCUGUGUGCAGGUGCGUGUAUACUCACUCACAUGCAUGUGUGUGUGUGUGUGUGUGUGUGUGCGUGUGUGCGUGUGUGCUGGGCUGUAUGAAAUCUGGCCAACGGGUCCCACUGUGUUAUUUUGGGCGUUCGCCCUCCAGGUCACUGCUCUGCUGUAUCAGAUGUAAGUUGCACUGCGACAUUUAAAAAAGGAACAUAUUGCUCUUUUUUUGAAAAUAUAUAAUGAGCGUUUACUCUGUACAAUGACUGACAACGACAAAAAAACAACAAAAAAAAGGUGUUAUAUGAAAGAGAGAGAUACAUUUAUUCUUCCUAUGAUUCAGAGCUAGCCCUUUUUUUCUGAAAAACAUAUAUAAAAAGAUUGUAAAAUUUAAGUUGUAAAAUUAAUAAACUGAAUUAUCUGCACUGUUAAAAA